CGUUUGGCCCCAGAAGACAGAAGAUGGUGGCCCUCACGCCCAACGCGGUCCAGAUGCUCCACUCGCGGCAGAGCCCGGAUGGCUUCCAGCCAUGGCUCCAGCUCAUCGACAUCAAGAAGAUCCCGUCGGCCUCGGGCAAGGGCGGCGACCGCUACCGCCUCGUCCUCUCGGACGGCCAAUACUACAUGAGCGGGAUGCUCUCGUCGCAGCUCUCGAAUGCCACGGAAGAUGGCACGCUGAGCAUCAACUGCUUUGUCCAGCUCAUGGACUACGUCGGCAACACCGUCCAAGGCCGCAAGAUUUUGAUUUUGCUCGGCCUGGGCGAUGUGCAUCCUGGCUACGAGCGCAUUGGCGCCCCCGAAAGCAUCGAAAAGGCGGGCUCGGCCCCGGUCCCGGCACCGACUUAUGCUGCACCGACGUAUGCUGCGCCGACGUACCAGGCCCCGUCGUACCAAGCGCCGGCCCCGGUGCAGCAGCCGUCGUACUUGCCGCAGGCCGCGCCGGCCCACACCCCGGCGACGACAAUGACCCGCAAUCCGUAUGCGGCGCCGGCCAUGAACAAGGCGCCGGUCGUGCGCGAGGACCCCAACAUGCGCAUCUCGGACAUUGCGUCGUUGAACCCGUACUCGGGCGGUCGGUGGACGAUCAAGGCGCGUGUCACGGCGCGGGCGCCCGUCAAGAACUGGACGAACGCGCGCGGCCAGGGCAAGCUCUGCAGCUUUGACCUGCUCGAUGCCAAGGGCGGCGAGAUUCGCGCGACGCUCUUCAACGACGCGGUCGACGCCUUCUACGACCGGCUCGUGCCCAACGGCGUCUUCUUCUUCUCGGGCGGCAAGAUCAAGAUGGCCAACCGCAAGUACUCGGCCAUCAACAACGACUACGAAGUGACGUUUGACGCGUCCUCGGACAUUGUCCCUGCCGGCGAAGACCAUGCGAUUCAGGCGGUGCAGUACAACUUCAAGCCGAUCACAUCGAUCGAGUCGGUCCCGCCCGAGUCGACGAUCGAUAUGAUUGGCAUCGUCAAGACCGUCGCGCCGUGCGCCGAGCUCACGUCCAAGGCAGGCAAGCAGCUGCAGAAGCGUGACAUUACCAUGGUCGACGACACGCUCGCCGAGAUCAAGGUGACGCUCUGGAGCGAGCGCGCGCAGGACCCGACGUGCGACACGUGGGUCGACCAAGUGCUCGCGAUCAAGGGCUGCCGCGUCUCCGAGUACAACGGCCGCUCCAUUGGCACCUUUAGCAGCACGGGCUUCGUGCUCAACCCGCCGCUGCCCGAGUCGGCGCGGCUCCUCAACUGGUACCGCGGCGGCGGCGCAUCGACCGCGACCAAGUCGCUGAGCGUCGGUGGCGGCGGCGUCAGCGCGGGCAUGGGCACCUUUGACCAGCGCUCGUUGGUGACGGACAUCAAGGACCGUCGCCUUGGGUACGGCCAAAAGCCUGACUACAUUACGCUCAAGGGCGCCGUGAGCUACAUCAAGCACGAUGCGAACGUGAGCUACCAGGCAUGUCCCAAGUGCCAGAAGAAGGUGGUGCAGGACGCAGCGCGCAACUACAACUGCGAAAAGUGCCAGUCGUCGCUCCCGACGUGCGAGAACCGGUACAUCUUGUCGCUGGUGCUCCAAGACAGCGCGGGGAGCACGUGGGCGUCGGCGUUCAACGACCAGGGCAAGAUCAUCAUGCAGGGCAAGACGGCCGACGAGCUCUUUGAGCUCAAGGACGCUAACGUGAGCUUGUACGAAUCGCUCUUCAAGGCCGCGCUCUUCAAGACGUACCUCUUCCGCGUGCGCUGCAAGGCCGAGCCGCACAUGGACGACCUCCGCGUGAAAUCGCAGAUUGUCAACCUCGAGCCGCUCAACUAUGUGCAAGAGUCGGCCGAGCUCCUCGACGCGAUCGCCAAGUACACCUAACCACUCGUCCUAUUCCGUGUCUACUUUUGUGCCUCCAUUUUGCUCCGACUCUGGCAUUGGGGAUGCGAG